AUGUCUGAUGCGACUCCUGAAAACGCUGGCUCUCUUGAGGGCCGCAUCACAAGCCCCGAUGCCGCCCCCGAUGCUCAAACCGCUCCUGCCACAGAAAAUAACACCGAUGGUGCUGGAGCUGAGCUCAAGGGCUCUGAGCUCAACGAGCCGGACUAUACUGUGGAGGUCAAGCUGAGCGAUCUUCAAGCCGACCCAAACAACCCCCUGUUCUCUGCGAAGGAAUUCAAGGACCUCAAUCUCAAGCCGGAAAUCCUCAAGGGUCUUUCCAAGAUGGGCUUUCGCAAACCCUCCAAGGUCCAGGAACGUGCCCUACCCUUGCUCAUGGCCGACCCCGCGCAGAACUUCGUUGGUCAGUCCCAAUCGGGUACUGGUAAGACCGCAGCCUUCGUCCUGAACGUCCUCAACCGUCUCGACCUUUCCCCAGAUAUGCAGACUAAGCCACAGGCUCUCAUCCUGGCUCCUACUCGCGAACUGGCACGUCAAAUCGUCGGAGUCAUUCAAAUCAUGGGCCAGUUCCUUGAGGGUCUUAUUAUUGGAACCGCUGUCCCCGCCGACUCGAAUACUCGCCCCGCCAGAAUGGCCUGCUCCGUUGUUGUUGGAACCCCUGGUACUGUGAUGGACAUGAUGAAGAAACGCAUCCUUGCGGCGAAUGAUAUUGGCGUUCUUGUCCUGGACGAGGCCGACAACAUGCUCGAUCUCCAAGGCAUGGGUGACCAAUGCAUUCGCGUCAAGUCUGCGCUCCGCCAGACUACUCAAAUUGUCCUCUUCUCCGCCACCUUCCCCGAACAUGUUAGCGAAUACUCGAAGAAAUUCGCCAAGGACCCCAACGAGAUCAGACUACAGCACGAAGAGUUGACAGUAGAGGGUAUCAAACAACUUUAUAUCGAUUGCAACGACGAGGAGGAGAAGUACAACAACCUUGUUCAGCUGUACGGUCUUCUGACUGUCGGCUCAUCCAUCAUCUUCGUCCGGACCCGUAACUCGGCCGCCGAAAUAGAGAAGCGGAUGGUCGCAGAGGGUCACACUGUGGCGUCCUUGACCGGAGGUGUUGAAGGCAGCCAACGUGACAGUGUCAUUGAUGCUUUCCGUAGCGGUGAUGCCAAGGUCCUCAUCACUACCAAUGUUCUUGCCCGUGGAAUUGAUGUCUCAACCGUCUCCCUGGUGGUCAAUUACGACAUUCCCGACCACCACAACCCGCAGCGCCCUCGCGAGCCCGACUACCAGACCUACUUGCACCGUAUCGGUCGUACUGGCCGUUUUGGUCGUAUCGGUGUUGCGAUUUCAUUCGUCUCUAACCAGGAAGAGUGGAACAUGCUGCGCAAGAUCCAGCAGCACUUCGGUUGCCAGAUUGAUCGCGUCGAUACUGGUGACUGGGAUGAGGUCGAAGAGGUCAUCAAGAAGACUAUCAAGAACUCUCGCGCUCAGGCCAACUUUGCUGUCAACCAGCAAUAA